AAUGUGAAAUCUCCAAUGACUCGGGAAUCAAUACGAGAUAUCAAGAAUUUCCGGUGAGUAAAAUUAAACAGAAAAAUGUCAAAGGUCUACUCGGCGCAAGAGGUAGCGAAACACAACACGGCUAAGGAUCUAUGGAUCGUGUAUCAAGACGGCGUGUACGAUAUUACAAAAUUUUUAAGCGAACAUCCAGGCGGGGAGGAAGUCUUGUUGAAUUUAGGUGGGCAAGACGCGACGAUAUGUUUCGACGACAUUGGACACACCACCGAAGCUAUACAACUUCGCGAGAACUAUAAAAUUGGAACGGUGGUCGGUAGCCUUUCCGGAGACGCGACAUCUUCCCCAGGCACAUCUUCCGGGGGCGCGCAAGACACAAUAGACGACGACAACUGGGAAUACGAGCCACCGAAGCACGAACGGUCACCGUGGCUACCGGUGAUGAUCGCAGUUGCUGUUGUCGUCUAUGCAUCUAUAUUUUAUUACUUCUGGUACUCGUAAAGGAAAUAAAGUCAGCAUAAACGCGCGAACUCGACGAAUAAAACGAUUAUUCGUUUUUACGAGUGGGGGUUUCUGUUCGUUCUUUCUCUUCUCUUCUGUUUCCCAAUGACACAGAAACCUGGCACGAUAAUGUAUAAUUAAUAUAGAAUAAAUGUAUUUAUUCAUAUCAAAGAA